AGACUCACAUAUCUGAGAAACUCACUCUCUUGAAAACCUACUCAAUACCUCCACCUCUGACACCAUGGUCAACUCCUGUUGUGGCUCUGUCUGCUCUGAGCAGGGCUGUGAUCAAAGUCCCUGCCAGGAGAGCUGCUGCCAGCCCAGCUGCUGCCAGACUACCUGCUGCAGGACCACCUGCUGCCGCCCCAGUGGCUGUGUGUCCAGCUGUUGCAGGCCCAGCUGCCAGACCAGCUGCUGCCGCCCAGUCUGCUGCCAGACCACCUGCCGUCCCAGCUGUGGAGUGUCCAGCUGCUGCCGCCCAGUCUGCUGCCAGACCACCUGCCGUCCCAGCUGUGGAGUGUCCAGCUGCUGCCGCCCAGUCUGCUGCCAGACCACCUGUUGUCAAUCCAGCUGCUGCCGUCCAGUGUGCUGCCAGACUACCUGCCGCCCCAGCUGUGGAGUGUCCAGCUGCUGCCGCCCAGUCUGCUGCCAGACUACCUGCCGCCCCAGCUGUGGAGUGUCCAGCUGCUGCCACCCAGUCUGCUUCCAGACCACCUGCCGUCCCAGCUGUGGAGUGUCCAGCUGCUGCCGCCCAGUCUGCUGCCAGACCACUUGCUGCCGUACAACUUGUUCUGGUCCCUCUUGUUGAAUUUUGCACCUGACUACCAACCCUGAGGCAACCAUAAUCACAAUGAUCUGACCUUCUCAUCCAUGUUAACUUUUCCAUGUCUUAAAGAAUUCCUACUUUUAUUGUCCUGACACCAGUAAGAAACUGGCAGAAGAGAGUCCUACAUUGAGUCCCACUCAUGUUUCUGAAGGAUCUCCCCUCUACAUGCGUAUCUCACCUGCCUGGUGCAGCUAAACAGACCCCUCAAGUCUCCAACUGUCAUCCUGCUCCUGACCU